CUGUUUUUUAUUUUCAGAGUUCUUUAAGGAUUUUUCGUGGGGAGGAGGAGCGUUAACAUGGCGUUUUGACAUCAGGAAUACUUUGGGGUUCACAGGAUUCAUUGUAAUUGCUGUGCAUCAACUGUAUAAAGUUUCAUCUAAAGAUACAUUUUUGAUGUGACAGUUAGACGUUAAUUGUCCAAGAAGCAUGUUGCUGCUUUACGUUCUAUUGACCAUUUCAGUCCUAAAUACCAAUACAGCGACACGUCUAGUAUGUUUAUACUGCACUGACGCCGUCAGCCCUACUGACUGUGAUACUGUCAUAAACUGUGGACCUCAUGAGAGUUGCUACGUAGAUUCCUAUGUCAGAGCAAGUGGAAGUAUUAGAUAUAAUCUGGGCUGCAGAGAUGAAAUUCAAUGUAAUGGAUUACCGAACUCUGGAAGACGCGAACUAAGGAUUACGUCAUAUCAUCCACCGGAAGUUGAUGCAAUGUUGAAUACGGAUAAAGCAUUGGCGCGUGCCUUUUCUGACAACAGUCCCAAUUAUGUUUUAAAAUCACAUGACGUGUCUAAACGAACAAAUGGAUUAUUGAUUUGCAGCGAGUGUUGCAAGGGAAAUUUGUGUAGUAACGCAGGAUGCGGAAAUAAAGGUUAUAUUUCCACAAGAGGUCCGAUUUGCUACAACUGUGCCCAACAGAUUAAUCCAGAAGACUGCUAUAAAAUUAGACUAUGCAGCCCUGGUGAGGUGUGUAUGUUACUGAAGACCCUAAAUCCAAUGUCAAACGAAGUGAGAUACACAACGCGAUGUGAAAGGGAAAAGAGUUGCAAUGACGAGAUAAUACACUACCAACAACUUGCUGGGUUACUUAUAGGCAAGCGAGAGAAAAAGAACUCUCUUGAAACAGGAGGAUCGUGUAUUGUUCAGUGCUGCCAAACCGACAUGUGUAACAUAAACUGUAAUAGCACUUACUCAAGUACCACAAUGGCAACGUCUCCGACUGUUCCCGUGUCCAAACCGACAGCACCAACUAGUUUUUGUAUCUACAAGAGCAAAACAUACAACCAAGGCGAUGUUUGGCAAGACGGUUGUCGGUACAACUGUACUUGUGAGGAUGCAAAAAUUGGAUUCUACAGAUGUCAAGAUUUAUGCCCAGUAUGGAACAAUCUGCCAUCCGGCUGCACGUUAGAGAAGAAGCCAGGAGAGUGCUGCUCUCAUCCUAACUGUGGAGGAACAACUCUGCAACCUGGCCUAAUAGCAAAUACAUGUUACUCUGGUGGCAAAUAUUACCAUGAGGGAGAACAAUGGAAAGAUGGAUGUAAAUACAAAUGUACUUGCCAAGAUGGGAAGACAGGUCGCUGGGAUUGUCAGUCACUUUGCCUCCAAUGGAAUUUACCCCCAAGCUGCCAUUUGGACCCUCCGCCGGCAGAUAAAUGUUGUCAAGUACCGGUUUGUCCUAGUAACGUGCAACUUCAAUAUCCACCUGGUUUUGUUCAGGAAUAGAAACGCUGAUGAAAUCUAACAUCUUUAUAUUUGUAUUUUUGGUAACAAUUUUCACCUGAAUAAAGUUACUCAUUUUUUC